UCACAGAUGAGAUCAGAAGAUAGUAUAGUUUAUAUCAUGUUUAUUAAAUCAUUUUACAAUACUAUUUUACUUAUGUUUGAACAAGUCAUAACAAGUUUUUUUUUGUGUGAAAUCCCGAAAGGUGCUUGCUCAAGUAAAUUAUUUUAAUUUGUAAACUACCCAUAUUUACGAUAGUUAGAUAAAAUAAGUGAUGGCAAAAUUUAUUUUGUGACAUUUUAAAAAAGGUGAAUGUGAACUAUGUUUAAAGCUUUAAAAUGGCAAAAUCUGGCCCACAAGACGUAAAUUCUGAAGACAAGCAAGCAGAAGCCAAAGCAAAACCGUCUAAAAGUCAACCGCAGCCCCUAUAUCAAACCUCAGAUAAUGAUACUACUGAUACACUGCUUGUUACUGCUCCAUUAAAAACAACAACUCUAAUUAGCAUUUGCAUUGAAUCUUUAGUUAAGAGUCUCUGUAAUAUGUAUGAGGCUGAUAAUGAAAAAUCAAAGCAUAUUUACAGUUUGAUUUGUGAAAAAUUAUUUGAAAUGAAAUUAAUUGAUGAAAGUUACAAUAUGGAUGAAUUUGAAGGUAUGAGAAACCAGUAUCAAAGAGCUUUAUACCAUUUAGUAACUACUGCCAGGGGAGGUGAAAAAUCAGCUCCCAUGCAACCUGCAUGGCCUUCCAAUGAUGUUACUAACGAAUGGUCCCAUUAUUACCGAGAAUUUGAUGAAUUAGAGUAUAUUGCAGGAGGAGGUUUUGGUCAAGUGUACAGAGUUAAACACAAAUUGGAUGGAACAGAAUAUGCAAUUAAAAAAAUUUUUAUUCAAUCAGAAAGUGUAAAGUCAAUAAUGAAUUACUUGUCUGAAGUAAAAACAUUUGCGUCAUUAAAUCAUUUCAAUAUAGUUCAAUAUAAAGCAGCAUGGUUAGAGUUGGGGGCAGCAGUGACUGAAAACAUCAUAACUGAUUCAACAGACAAUAGUUACCCUUUUAUAGAUGGAAAUUCCAUAACUUUGAAUAGAGUUGAAAUACAAGAACAUUUGGAUGACCACAUCAACAUUUUGACUGAAGCAGAUGCAGAUCUACCGGAAAAAGUAGAAAGUUCUUCAGACUUUGAAAUUAGCUUUGAAGAAAAUGGAAAAUUUCAUUCAAACAGGGAACUAUCAGGAAGUAAUGGUUUCAAGAAGUCUAGAGUAAAAAAAAACAGUAUUUCAGAAGGAGGAAAUGCAAUUUGUAAACUUGAGGAGAUUCAGAAUUUAAUUCCAGCAAAAAAUCGUCCAAAAUGGGCCACAUUAUAUAUUCAGAUGUCCUUAUGUCAAGCUACUUUGAAACAGUGGCUGGAGAAAAGGAAUUCAACUGAGAACCAAUUGAAGCAUAGUGAAUCUACUUUGGUGUCUGUUAAUGCACUGCAAACAAGGCAAAACACGAUAAUAGAAAUAUUUAAACAGUUAUUACAUGGAAUUGAAUACAUCCACUCAAAAAACAUUGUACAUCAUGAUAUAAAACCUAGUAAUAUUUUUAUUCAGCAUGAAAGUGGACACUUGUUGGUACAGUUAGGAGAUUUUGGCUUAGCAUGUCCCUUGCAAAAUGCCAGACACACUUUGGCUUUUGGAACUAAAUUGUAUGCUGCACCUGAACAACUUAUGGGUAAAUGUGAUCCAAAGAGUGAUAUGUAUUCAGUGGGAAUUGUUUUGUUAGAAUUGGUAGAAACCUUUAAUACUGACAUGGAAAGAGUUCAUACAAUAACAGAUCUCCGAAAAGGACACCUUUCAGACCACACUUUAUCGCACUAUCCACAGAUUGCAUCAAUAAUUAAACAGCUUGUGAAACGGCAUCCUGAACACAGACCUGAUGCCACCUUUGUUUUGAAAAGUCUUCACACUGACGACGGUGAAUCUGGUCUUAUUCAGGAACUAAAAGAUAAACUAGCCGAAAAAGAAUUAGAAAUAGUAAAACUAAAAGAAAAACUAAAAAGCAUGGGCGUUAACAACAUUUAAUUAUGGCUUUAAAGUGUUUAGUUAUUUUAAAUCCACUUUUUUUUAUUUGUAAAGGCUGUGCUUAUCAUCUUUCUUUAAAAGUAAAAGUUGUUUUAGUUCAACACGUCGGGUAUAUAUUUUUGGUAUAUUGUGCUACAUUUGUCAGUCAUCAUUUAAUGUAUUGUUUCGAAACUUUUCUCCUUGAAAGAACAAUAGUAUGUAUAUAAGUAUGUAUGCCAUAUUUUAAAUUUUAUUGUGGUAAAAACUACUUGAAAGUUCACUUUCUACUUAUAAUUUUAUGCGUUUGCAGUACAAAAAAACAGCACAGCUUACAUUAUUGUUGAGGCUGUUUAGUGAGAUUAAGUGUGUGCCUAAAAAGAUGCUACAUACCCUUUUCUUAAUCUCAUAUGGGUAUGUGGUGUUGUAAUCGUUUAAUAGUCAUACUAAAUGCUGAUAUAAUAUUAUGUUUACUAUA